CAACAACAUUAAUUGCGGGAAUGAAACAAGAAACUCAACUGAACUUGCUUCAACUGUGCAACAAGUUCUGAGGAAUCUGGAAAUAGCCACCCCAAGAAUCCCAGGUUACUUUGCAGCCACCAAAACGACAGUACCUAACAGCAACGGCUCAAACAUUUAUGCCUUUGCUCAAUGUGUUGAGACUCUCACACAAAGCGGUUGCGACAAUUGCUUGAACAUUGCCUUGAGAAAUUUUCAGAUUUGUCUCCCAAACUCAAAUGCUAAGACUUUUGAUUUCGGCUGCUUCAUGAGAUAUUCCACCACUUCCUUCUUUGCUGACAAUCAAACCACUAACAUCAAUCACUUCUUGAAACAAGGAGAUUCAAGCAAGAAGAAGGCCGUUAUUAUUGGUGGAGUCGUUGGAGGAACAUGUUUUAUUUUGAUUAUACUAGCAUUAUUUGCUUUGUAUAUGCGAUCAAAGUCAUCGAAGAUGGUUCCUAAAGGUGAUAUUUUGGGAGCAACUGAGUUAAAAGGCCCUGUUAACUAUAGGUAUAAAGAUCUAAAGUCAGCGACAAAAAAUUUCAGUGAAAAAUAUAAACUAGGAGAACAAGCCUUUGGUGAUUUGUACAAGGUGAGAAUAAAGGGUCUCUGAGUUGGAUGCAACGUUAUGCGAUAAUUUUUGGCACUGCAAGAGGUUUGGCAUAUUUACAUGAGGAAUUCCAUGUU